GAGUGAACAGUACAUCUAAGACCUACGUAUCAAGCUAUAACAUCGAGGAGAGGAUUUGCACACGCAAUACAUGGUUCCACAGAUCAACAGUUCUGCACUAUGAGAGAAAACAGGACUCAUCUUGGGAACUGAAGAGGAAAGAUUGGCCUUGGGGGGGAACAAUCUUAUAUUGGACAGAUCUGCUUCAUUUCUUCACCUCCUUGGAGACUGUCAGAACUAGCCAGACUUUCUCAAAGCAGCAAAGACGAACUUCUGCAAAACAACCCAUUUGCUUUAAACCACCUAAUGGCCAUGGAGAAGUCUCGCCUGAGCAACAUCUCCCAGGCUUCAUUAUUUGGAGAUGCAUUCUGGGCACAAGGUGACUGCCCAACCUCCCUCAGCAGCACCACUUUCCUCAUCGUAGCUUACAGCACCAUGCUAGCAGUGGGCUUGGUAGGCAACACUUGCCUGGUCUUAGUCAUCACACGACAGAAAGAGAUGCAUAACGUGACCAACAUCUUCAUCGUCAACCUCUCAUGUUCUGAUAUCCUCGUUUGCUUGGUAUGUUUGCCAGUCACCAUUAUCUACACCCUCAUGGAUCGAUGGAUUUUGGGUGAAGCUCUGUGCAAGGUGACACCAUUCGUCCAGUGCAUGUCCGUGACGGUUUCAGUCUUCUCCAUGGUACUCAUCGCUUUGGAGAGACACCAGCUCAUCAUCCACCCAACCGGAUGGAAGCCAGUCAUUAGACACUCGUACCUGGCUGUAGCGGUUAUCUGGAUUGUAGCUUGUUUUAUUUCCCUUCCAUUUCUUUCAUUUAACAUCCUCACAAACUCGCCAUUGCACAACCUCAGUCUUCCGUUUAACCCCUUUAGUGAUCACUUCAUCUGUAUAGAACAGUGGCCAUCUGAGGGGAAUCGGCUAGCUUACACCACAUCACUACUGCUUUUCCAGUACUGCUUACCGUUAGCGCUAAUUCUACUCUGCUACUUCCGCAUAUUUCUGCGCCUCAGUCGACGCAAAGAUAUGGUUGAAAGAACGCAAGGCGGGCGCAAGAAGAAGGCCAAAGGCUCAAAGCGAGUCAGCGCCAUGCUAGCCUCAAUUGUAGCUGCAUUUGCGCUGUGCUGGUUGCCACUAAAUGUUUUUAACACAGUUUUUGAUUGGAACCAUGAGGCAAUUCCAGUGUGCCAGCACGAUGCCAUUUUCUCAGCCUGCCACCUUACUGCUAUGGCGUCGACUUGCGUUAACCCUGUGAUCUAUGGGUUUCUAAACAAUAACUUCCAGAAGGAGCUGAAAUCGCUUUUAUACAGAUGCCGCUGCUGGGGGCCUCCAGAGAGUUAUGAGAGUUUCCCAUUGUCCACCAUCAGUACCGGCAUUACAAAGGGGUCCAUCCUUAGCAAUGGCUCAGUCAGCGUCAAUGCCUAUCAGCCACACAAGAAAAACAGUUUAGAACAGAAAGAGAUUGUUUAAACUCUGUCAGAUGUACUACAAGGCAUUGUACCUUGCUAUGCUUUAAUUUAGCAUUCAAAGGUGGAUUGAGAACGCCAGCAGCCAAUCUGUGCAAUAAGUACAAACUUAAGACAUUCAAAAUCUUUAGUAACUGAACUUGGAGUUCAGUAUCCUAAUUCAGACUAAUGAAAAUAUUUGAUGUUCUCAAGGUUUGUGUUGCUAAAAGAUGGUGACACAGUUUGAAACAUAUUAAGGUAAGGUGUAUUGUAGCUGUGUUAGCCUUUCCAUCAUUUCAAAUUCCUGUGGGUAAAUGUUUAAAAGUCAACAUGGAACAUCCAUUCAACCAAAUUUACUUUAGCAAUAUGAAUUAUUUCUAAGUGAAAAUGGAUAUUCAACAAGAACAAAAUGUAUUGGAUCAUGAAAAGUGGGCGUUUCAUACCAGAUUGGAGCUGGACCUGAAUGCGAGUUUGCAGCUGAUUAUGGAAGACCAUCAACACCAAUCAUUUAUGGAGGCUUUUGAACGGGACAUGGAGGCUGAAAGUCAAGUUCACCCUCAAGACCAUCUUGAUGUAUCCCAAUUAAACCCGCAUUAAAUUGCUUCAUUAACUAUUUGCAAGAUUUUAGGAUGGCUGCAUUAACUGCAUUAACAACACUAGCCUCAAACAAUGGCUAAAUAGCUAUUUAGCUUUUUGCGAACUGCCUAGAUGUCACCAGCUGAAAAGGAAGGUAAUUUCAAAGGUGGAGCAAGUGAUUACAUUUUGAUGAAAAUUACAAAAUCAUACACGAAUCAUACACAAUUAACACCAGGAAUGUGAAUUAAGAAAGUAAAUAGGGUCCAUUUUGAUUUCAUGUUGACUUCAUCCACAGCUAAAAUGAGUACUAAUGUAAUGGACUGUGAAAAAUUAUAUAGUGAAUUCUCAGUAUAAUCUCAAAUGAAAUUGAAAUGACAAAUUUCAGUUAGACGUUUAAUACUUAGUAGAGGCCUUGUUCUUCAUUGUCUUUGUUCAGGAUAGGCCUGCGCAAGAAUAUUAGUAAUAGAAACAGAAAUUGACUAUUUUAAAGUGGAGAACUAGCAUUGUGUAUAAUGUGUACAUUUAUAAUAUUUAGCAGGACUAGGACUACAUUAAAAGCACUAUGUUCUGUCACUGAUUGUGAUUAUAAUGAAUGCUACUUCAAACUGAUAUGUACAGUAGUUCUAUGGUUUUGCUGCUCUUUGUGACAGGUGUAAUUUGUUUCACCGCUCUAAAUGUUAAUCGAUAUCAUAGUAUGCACUGUGUCUUUGGCUGAAUGGCUAUAUACUGUGGUUCAAAACAAUAAUGUGCAUGUUCUUAGUAUUUAAAAAAAAAGAAAAAAAAAGAAACAUGUGGCCAAAGCAUCAUGUUUUCCAGUAACAAUCUCUAAGCAUACUUAAAACAAGCUACAUUUACAUGAGAAGCAAAAUUCUUGUUUUCUGAAAAAAAUCUUCAGUUUAGAGUUUUAUGCUUAAAACAAGACAAAAAUUGUCAAUUGGGUAAAAAAAUAAAAAAUUCAAGGCAGAAACAAAUGGAAUUUUUCCUACCCCAAUAGCACAUGUUUUAAGUAUAAACCCCACAAAAUUUUGUUAAAUUUCUUCAAGACCUAGAAAUCAAGACCUAAUAUCUUAUGUACUUUUUAGCAUGAUCUCAUGAAAAUAAUGUGACUGUGGCAAAAUUACGUGGUCAUUCAUUACACGUACCGCAGCAUUUCCGAGGUGAAAUGUCCACUGUGUGAUGCUAAAAGUGAGUUAAAUGUUCCCCCAAUCGGAUUAGGUUAAGUUUAAUGCUCUGUCAAGCUUUAAAUCAACAAAACCAACCACCCUACCCCAAACCUUUAACCUAAACCUAACAGAUAGUGUCAUGAAAGCAAAUGUGACAUGAAAAACGCAAUUCGGAAAAACGGUCCUUUGCAUCGCAAGUGCAAUUUUCUAUCAGUUAAGUUAUGGCGCAAUUUGAUUACACUUGGAACAAGCUUAUGAAUAGAAUUCGUCAUGUAAAGUAAACAUUAAAAUUGUAUCGCCUUACAAGUCACGCACAAGAGUAAAAGUGUUUUGAUAUCAUAAGAUAACAUUAUGUGGGGAACAGGGCGAAAAUUAAGUGUUUAUGAACUGAUAAUCUGUCGUUUUACUCAUGAUUUGUUUGAAAGUGAAUAAAAGUAAUUGUUAUUGUAGUGCCUCUAGUGUUCAUUUCACCAGGAAAUUGCUUUGAUACGUACAAUGAGCCACAUAAAAACCAUUUAGCAAAAGUGUAGUUUAUUUAUUUUUUUCCUCAAGUAAAUGUACUGUCUCUUGUUAUUUUUACUGGCAAAUAAGACAAAACUACUGAUCUGAAUCACUGCCCCCAGUGGCCGAAGUUGGAAGUGUUGUUGAACUUAUGGACAAGUGUGAGCUUUAGUUUCCAAGUGAAAUGUCAACAGAGUAAUGCCAAAACAUUUUUAGUUGUAAAUGGUGUAAUACAGUCAACCGGGAUGCAUAUUUUAUUAACUGUACGCCCCAACCCAUACCCCAAUCCUAAACUUAACCAAAAAUUUAUUCUUAGAGGGAAAAUGCAACCUCCGACUUGCACUCACCAUGGUUAAUGUAAACACAAUGAUUUCCCGAAUUACAUUUGAAUUGAUGCAAAUAUUUCUGAUGGGGGAUGUUGCGCUUGCCAGUAACUCUAUAGAAUGGGGUCGAUGUCAGGGUACCAGAACAUUCGAUAGCAACAUGUCGAUUUCCUGUGUAAUCAUGUGUACUUUUGCAAUUCCAUGCCGCUAGUGGUGCAGAAAUGACACACUUCACUUUUAAAACUCAAUUACAUUUACAUAUUAUUGAUUUGAUUGUGUUGAUUAUGUUUUGCUAAACUGGUCUAUGUUUUUCUAGGGCCUGACUGAAUUUGGCUUUAGAUGAUUUAGGGAGAUGUCUGUUGAAACUACUAGGCUGAGUUUUUCAAAAGCAUGGUUGCAUUGAGAGAAUGUAAAGAGUCAGAUGUUGAUGUGUUGCCAUAAAAACAUUGCAGCCAUUCACCUGGAAAAGCUCAAACAUUCAAUCACCAUUUACAAAGAUAUUUAUGGUGCAUUUUGGAGCUUCUACUCUGAUCAGUAAUUUUCCUCUCUCUCUCUCUCUCUCUCUCUCUCUCUCUCUCUCUCUCUCUCUCUCUCGCUAUCAAUCUCUCUCUCUCAAUCUCUUUCUCUUUCCAAUCUCAUUUUCUCCAGUUAUUGACUGGAUAGCCAGCUAUAUUGGGAAGCCUAUUUCUCAUAGGCUUUUUCCAUUGCCCUGAGGUAUUUAUGUGAAUCAAUAUUUGUUUUCUUUUAUUAUCUUUUUUCUGAGAUAUUUUCUUGGCCAAAAUGUGUGUGUGUGUAAAGUUGAUAUCAGAACGGCUGACAAUAAAGCAUUUACAAUAUCAUACAUACAAAGUCACAUAUAUCAAACUUCCAUCCAGGUCAACAGCUGAAAUGUAUGGCCCAAUAAAGCUGUUUACCUGAAUAUUAAAGAAUUUGUAUAUAUUUUUUCUGGAUACCUUACAGAGAUUAAUAUGUGUUGAUAAAAAAAUAAAAAAAAAUUAAAAAACUCCUAAUACAUUCUGUGUUUAUAUCAUGACAAAAUGAUACGUGUACCACUGCCUUUAUGUUAUUCAACAUUCACACAUAUAUCUGUGUAACUUAAUACCGGACAUUUGAAUGUGCCAUAUAACUUUCAGAAAUAAAACAUCAGAAUUUAUAUAUAUAUAUAUAUAUAUAUAUA